AUGUAUGGCAAAUGCGGAAGUUUGGUGGGUGCUCGCAAAGUUUUGGACCACUUGACUGAACCCAACAUUUUCUCAUGGAAUAUAGUAAUUUCAGCUUACCGAAGUCUUGGCUUUCCUCAAGAGGCAUUGCAGUUGUUUACCCAAAUGCAGCGGCAAGCAUGUAUUCAGUCUGACCACUUCACUUUCUCUACUAUUAUCCCUGUGUGUGCCAAUUUGGCAUCUGUAAAACACGGUUUGCAGAUCCAUGGAAAAAUCAUCAGGUGUGGGUUUCAAUGUGAAGUUAUUGUGAUGAUCACCCUGGUAGAUAUGUAUGCAAAAUGUGGAAGAAUGGAAAAGGCGCGCGAAUUGUUUGACAAAAUGCAUAGUACAGACGUGGUCUCAUGCACUGUGAUGAUUAUGGGAUAUGCGCAGAAUGGUGUUCUUGACAAGGCGCUGAGGCUUUUCUAUAAAGUUCCAAAUCGAGAUGUGGCCUUAUGGACUGCUAUGAUUACAGCAUGUGUGCAAAAUGGUGCUCUUGACUUGGCUUUGAAGUUUUUCGAAGAAAUGCCUCAGCGGAAUGUGGUUUCAUGGACUGCAAUCAUUUCUGGAUAUGUGCAAAACGGGUAUUCUGAAAAAGCAUUGGAGAUAUUUAACCAAGUGUAA